AUGCUCUCAGCCACAGCCCGCGUAGACGCCGCCACCUCAUCUAUAGAAGAGAUAGAUGAGAAGACUUGGGUGCAGCUUCACGACUGGGCCGACUCGAAGACGAAAGAAUGGUCCAAGCAAAUCAAAGCAGUGAUGACACGACAGCAGCGUUGCGAGAGUAUGGCACGUCUGCGAGUCUUGAAGAAGAGCGAGUUCCAACAGCUACAAGCUGAACGCAAAUUACUCGAAUCUCAAGUCAAGAAAUGUUUGGCGACAAUGAACCAAGAAGGCGACAAUUCAAGUGAACUGUACCGAGCACUGCAUCGUCUCGCUCUCGAGUGUGAUGCUCUACGCACAGAGAACGUGGAGAUGAUGAAGGAGAUUCACAGUCAAGAACGCUUUCAAUUUCUCAUACAAGCUCGAGCCAUCGGGGUGAUUCCAGAGGCCAAUGACACCUCUUCACCGAACGUGUAUACGGCGAGUAAAUCGUCGCCAUGGGUCCCUUCUUCUCAACAUGAGGACGGAUGGCGCGUCCCGUUCCCCAAUGGAUCCACUUCCACCCGUUCUCUAAAGCUGAUGUACCACGCCCCACUGACACGAAGAGCAUCUGAUGACUCUCUCGUUGGGCACGUCCGACUGUCAGCUCGUGUUAGCUGCUCGUUCGAUCAAGCCGACGCUGCUGUGUCUCCGUCAGAAUUGAAUUGGUGGCCUCUUGUGUUUACGCCACCAAACUGGAGCCACAGUCAACGAUCUAGUGUCAGCAUCCAAGUGCUGCAGUCAUUCGCAAUCGAUGCCCACGUUUUGGUUUGCAACAUUCCUGGCCCAGUUCACACUCGCUACUUCCAGUUCGCUAAUCGGCAACUCAAGGUCGAAGCCAACGGCAAGCGCUCGUUCACAUGUUCUCUCGUUCUGGCAGAUUCGAAGGAAAAUAUGCGGAUUCGAGCAGCUGAAGAGCCACAGCCAGGCGUCGAGUGGAUCGAUGAAGGCGGCGCACGCAUUAAGUUCUUGGAGGUGGAUGACAAUAUUAUCGAUGUCAACUGCCACCUGGGCUAG